CGGUGCCGGCCUGGGGCGGCUACACGAUGGCGGUGCCGCUGCGGGAGCUGUCCGCGUAGCUGGGAGCUGCGCAGAGCAGGAUGGCUGCGAUGGGGCCGGCCGCAGCUGGAGACCAAGUCCCGGGCGCCGAGGCGGAGCCGGGCUCCUCGCCGCCGCCGCCGCCCCUGGGACCCCUGCUUCCUCUACAGCGGGAGCCGCUGUACAACUGGCAGGCUACCAAGGCGUCGCUGAAGGAGCGCUUCGCUUUCCUCUUCAACUCGGAGCUACUGAGCGAUGUGCGCUUCGUACUGGGCAAGGGCCGCAGCGCUGCCGCCGCUGGGGGCCCGCAGCGCAUCCCCGCACACCGUUUCGUGCUGGCAGCCGGCAGCGCAGUCUUCGACGCCAUGUUCAACGGCGGCAUGGCCACCACGUCGGCCGAGAUCGAGCUGCCGGACGUAGAGCCCGCCGCCUUCCUGGCGCUGCUGAGAUUCCUGUAUUCAGAUGAAGUUCAAAUUGGCCCAGAAACAGUUAUGACCACUCUUUAUACUGCUAAGAAAUAUGCAGUCCCAGCCUUGGAAGCACAUUGUGUGGAAUUUCUCACCAAACAUCUUAGAGCAGAUAAUGCCUUUAUGUUACUUACUCAGGCUCGAUUAUUUGAUGAACCUCAGCUUGCUAGUCUUUGUCUGGACACUAUAGACAAAAGCACAGUGGAUGCUAUAAGUGCAGAAGGGUUUACUGAUAUUGAUAUAGACACACUCUGUGCUGUUCUAGAAAGAGACACGCUUAGUAUUCGAGAAAGUCGACUUUUUGGAGCUGUUGUACGCUGGGCAGAAGCAGAAUGUCAGAGACAACAAUUACCUGUUACUUUUGCAAAUAAACAGAAAGUUCUAGGAAAAGCACUUUCCUUAAUCCGGUUCCCACUGAUGACAAUUGAGGAGUUUGCAGCUGGUCCUGCUCAAUCUGGAAUUUUGUCAGAUCGUGAAGUGGUAAAUCUCUUUCUUCAUUUUACUGUCAAUCCUAAACCCCGAGUGGAAUACAUUGACCGACCACGGUGCUGCCUUAGAGGAAAGGAAUGCUGCAUCAAUAGAUUUCAGCAAGUAGAGAGCCGGUGGGGUUACAGCGGAACAAGUGAUCGAAUCAGGUUCACAGUUAAUAGAAGAAUCUCUAUAGUUGGAUUUGGCUUAUAUGGAUCUAUUCAUGGUCCCACGGAUUAUCAAGUGAAUAUACAGAUCAUUGAAUAUGAAAAAAAACAAACCCUCGGACAAAAUGAUACUGGAUUUAGUUGUGAUGGGACUGCUAACACAUUCAGGGUCAUGUUCAAAGAACCUAUAGAGAUCCUGCCCAACAUAUGCUACACAGCAUGUGCAACACUCAAAGGUCCAGAUUCACACUAUGGCACAAAAGGAUUGAAGAAAGUAGUCCAUGAGACACCGGCUGCCAGCAAGACUGUUUUUUUCUUUUUCAGUUCCCCUGGCAAUAAUAAUGGCACUUCAAUAGAAGAUGGACAAAUACCAGAAAUAAUAUUUUAUACAUAAUCUAGCAGUAUAAUACAUCUUGGCUAAAUAGUACCAUGCAAUCUAGUCUCAAAGUAGAAACACCUGACCACAAAACAAUGAGUUUGAGUGUCAUGAUUAUUUAUAAUUGUAAAAUAAGAAACAGUUUAGUUUCUUAGAGAAAUUAGAAAAAUGUUAAUCUAAAUCUCUGCAUGAUUUAAAGGCAGAUUUUCAAUUUUCUUAUCACCUUAGGGGAAAAGAUAACUGGGUUUAAUUGUGUUUAAAAAAAAAAAAACAGCUCAGCUAUUUCAGCUUCAUCUUGUAUAAUUUCAUAGAUCAGCUAACUUAUGGUCUUUCAAUAGUUUUGAAUUGAAAGAUUCUUGUUAUUUAUAACAGGUUUGGUUUUUUUCUGUUUUUAACUAUUUUGAAGGUUAAAGGAGAUGAGGUGGGUCAAUAUUCCUACAGAAUUCCUAUUAACUCAAGUAACUAAUUUCAUUCAAGUAACUAAUUUCAGAAAAUUAAGAAAACUGACUUUAUAUUUGGGGUUUUGAAAUAUCUGGUUGUUAGCAUUUGGAAUAAUGCUAAAAAUAAGGUCUAAUAAAUGCCCAGGAAAUUUUUCAAUGUAUUUACAGAAAAGGAUAUUUUGUAAUAGUAUAGUAAUGCAUUACAUAGUACAGUUUUACAACAAUAAAUGGGAGUUUGUAUAAAUUCACAAUAAUGUGAUAUAAACAAAGGAUCUAAAGGAAUACUCUUAAGACUGAAUUCUUUAUCACUAAACUGUACCACUGUACCUGUCUAUUUGUAUGGGGGGGGAUGCCGCUGAUAAUUCCCAAGAUUGAGAUGAUGAUGGUGAUGAUGAUCAGUUAAACAGACAUCAGUUCAACAUUGUGAUAAUCACAUUACAGUAAAAAAUGGAAUAAAAUAUGAACAUUUCUAACAACUACUUUGGAAUUAUAGAACUAUCCAACAGGAUUACUGCUUUCUGUCACAUACAUAAUUCUAUCCAAGAAGUAAAAUAUGUUUAAUAUUUGUGACUUCAUUAACUGGCAGCAUCUAUAUUAGAAGUGGAUAUGAAGUAUAUUUGGCAGAAUGACAUUUAUACACUUUUAUAUAAAGCAGAAUUUUAAAAUAAAAAUGAAACAACAUUUUUCCCCUGAAAGUGAUUAUCUUAUUAAAAACUUAAGUGUCAUUAAGCUUAAGGCAUACAUAUCAGAUAGUUGUGGAAGAUGAUUAAAAAUUAAAAUUCUUUUAAGUAUCAACUUAAAAAGAAUUUUUAAAAAAUAAUUAGGAUAUAAAAUUUUUCAUCAAAAGUAAUAUUUUAUUUUCAAGAAAGUCGUGAGGUGUGUUGGUUGUUGAGGCCUCUUGAAAUUACUGAAGAAAAGGGAAAUUUUUCUGUCUUUGAUACCAUGUUCUUAUGGAUGUAAACUUCACUUAACUGGAAUACCUAUGGGAUGUGUAGUUCUGGUUAACAAAAGAUGAACCGGGAAACAAUCUGUAGUAGUGAUUAUAGAAAGUACUUCUGCCUUAAAAAGUAUGAUAUGCCAGAGACAAGGUAGUGUUUUUGAUGUUUGAAGCAUUUCAUAUGCUUCAUGUGUUGUACUGAACUAUUGUAACUGAAUGUAGGCCUGCCUGGGCUGGUACAAAAAAUGGAACAGUUUACUGACACUGGGACAUCACCUGGAAUUUUUAAAAAAUAAAAAUGUUUAUUAACGUUUUACUAUUA